GGGCCUGGGGCCGGGCGAUCCCCGAGGUGGGUGCCUGGGGUGAUCUUGGCGUCGCCCCCUGCAGCCCAGAUCUGGGAACCCGGGACCGCGGCUGGGCAGCGCCCUGUUUCCGGCUCUAAGGGUGAACUGAGUCUCCGAUGGGGGAGGGGGCACCUCGUUGCCCUCAGGGGCUAAGUAACCGACCGACCCCCUCUUUCCCCCCAUGGAUACCCAGAUCUGGAGCGCCCUCUCCCCUGUCUUCUCCAUCACCCUCUGCGUGGACACUAUAUUCUCAACUUUAUGACCCAGACCAGGCCCAGAGGGGUUGUUGUAUGACCUGGUCCGGGGUCACUUAGCAGGAAAGCGGUGGGGAGCAGCUGGAGCCCAGCUCUGUGCCUCUUCCUGUCCCCGAGGUAUAGGAAAGAGGGAUCCUUCUAUAAGGCUAUGAGCCCCUUCUGGGAGCAGCAUUGGGGUGCAGUCUCACCCCCGCCCAGCAAAAUUUAACCCUGGACCCAAACCCAGACUGCUUUCUCGAGGCCUUAAGGACAGAAGUUGAGAGAUGGUUCCAAAGGUGCUUCUGGACAGGACAAGGACUGGGAAGGGGCAUGCCCUCCCCAGCCGGCCCUUCCCCCGCUGGCUGCCGCUGCCUGAGCUGGCUGGUGGCCGGCUGUCCCAGCCUCCUUCCUUCCUCUUGGCAGGAAAUGACUUUCCUUCCCUUUGUCCCCACUUUCUCCCUUUACCCAACUGGAUCUCGGGCCCCCCCUCCAGGGAGGUCCCCUGACUGCUGCAGGCCAGGAAUUUAGAAACUUGGUAACAUAUCUGAAGAAUGACCCUCCACUGGUGGCUGUGGGACCAAAGGGAAUGGCAGUCCCCUUUCCCCAUGAGAUCUGACCCUUUGAAAAUCCCCAGCUCAGCAUCAUCCCCUGGGGCUUGAGGGCCCUGCCGCUAUUUAGGAGGGGUUGGGGGGUGUUGGCCAGCUGUGAGCAUCUGGCCAAGCGCCUUCCCAGAAAGCAGGUCGGGUUUCCAGAGCGGGUCAGGGUCAGAGCAGGCCGGGAGAGAUGGAGGGGGGCCUGAAGGUCCGCAGCUGCUCUGGGCCCCACCCCACGGUGUUGAACAUACCAGAAUGGGUCAUGCCACUCUGGGGGGAGAGCAGCCUGGGGACUUGGGUGGGGUGCUGUCCACCCAGGGAAGAAAAGUGCGUGGUGUUGGGGCUGAGGAUUUAGCUCAGCGGCAUAAGCGCCUGCCUUACAAGCAGGCAGUCGUGAGUUCGAUCCCCGGUACCAAUGAAAAAGAAAAAAACAAACAAAAAAAAAGUGCGUGGUGUCGCUGGGCAUGGUGGUGCAAGUUGGUAAUGCCAGCCCUUGGGAGGCUGAAGCAGGACAUUUAUUGUGAGUUUGAGACCAUUCUGGGCUACAUAGUGAGACCUUGCCUCAAAAUAAUUUAAGGGUCAGGGAUUUAGCUCAGUGGCACAAGUGCCUACCUGGUAAGUGCAAGAUCAUGAGUUCAGUCCCCAGUACCCCUCUGCCCCCCCAAAAAAGAGAACCUUGAGUAUUGAGGACCAUAGAGCUCUGGGUACAGGGCCUGGCACAGUCAGCACUGUUGUGAUUUCAUCUUUAAAUCUCAAAUGCGUUUUGAAAAUUGUGUGCAAAAAUAGCUUCUUAAGCACCUAAUGAAGUAUAAAAGUAGAGACUAUGGCAGCCACUGUAAACGUAUACUUCCAGAUACCACUUGGGUAGCAGUCGGAAAGAAUUUUUAAAGUGAGUGUGGUAGUGCCUGCCUGUCAUCCCAGCCUUCUGGGAGGCUGAGGCAGGAGCACUGCAGAUUCAAGCCCAGGCUAUGUAAUUUAGCUAUUUAGCAAGACGCUGUCUCAAAAUAAAAAAAUAAUAAAAGGGCUAGGGAAAUAGCUCAGUGUGAGGGUCUUGGUUUCCAUUCCUAAUACGAGGGGAAAAGAAAAACACUUCCAAAGUUAUUUCAUUAUCAGACAUUCUUAACCAAAUGUCUAAAUCAACUUCAGAGGAAUUUGGGACGGCACUGUUGUCUUUGUCACUGUUACUCUCAGGAGAGAGCCUGGGGACAACGCACUUGGAGAGACACUGGGAGGCUUGUGAGUGGCCACCCGGGCUCUGAGUCCACUAUCUGGGGCCCUGGUGUCCUGCUGCGUCCACUGCCCACCCUCCUCUCCACCCGCCUGUGCAGGGCUGCAGGGUGACGUCGGUGAGCCAGGCACACACUGGGAGAGAGAUAAAGGACGUGUUUUUAGCUCUGGGCACGGUCACUGGGUGCCCAGCAAGGACUCCGGAGCUGUGUGCCCCGUGUGUCCUCAGCACGGCCUCACUCUGGGAGGCUGCCAUCUGCAGGAGCCACCCGAGAUGGAAAUUCACAGCCCUUUCCUGGGGCUGGGGUGUCACCGGCUCAGGCCUGUGCCUCAGUCACCUGCACAGUGAGUGGCUCCGGAACAAGCAGGAGUCACAGGCGUUGGUAGUGGCCCGGCGUGUCCUGUGGUGGCUGUCAUCACCCAGACUGCUGCCGAGGGGCCAGGGCCAGGGGCCUGGGGAGCUUCACGGAGUGGGUGACAUUUGAGCUGGACCUUGGGAAGCUAAGUCCACCCCAUCAGGUCAGGAGGGAGAAGAGAAGCAGUGGUAACAGUGGGCAUCAGCAGGCUGUCCAGGACCCCCAGAACUAAAGCUUUCCAAGGACAUUCGGGAUCCCAGGCCCUGGGGCAAUGGCCGCCAAGCCCGAGAAGAGAGUCGCCUCCUCCGUGUUCAUCACCCUGGUGCCCCCGCGUCGCCAUGUGGCCGUGCCUGAGGAAGUGAGGCAGGCGGCUGGCGAGGCUCGGCAUGGCCGGCCCUGGGAGCCCCCUGCCCCCGUGAAGGCGCCUGGGGCUGGUGCAGUCAGGAAACCCAGCCCCUGGGCUCCUCCUGGCAGAGCUGCAACCGUGGUGCCAGCUGUGUCCCCUCAGCUUUCCAAUGGAGGCUGCUCUCAGCCCCCUCCAGUCCUAGACACUGAGGACGCCCUGGACCUCCCGCCUCCUCCACCACCACCCCCAGCCUUCCUUCCUCCAGACCAGGAGCCCCCAGUGCUGCUGGGCGAGACCCUCAGCUGUGCCCUGGAGCAGCUGCCCCCGCCCCCGCCCCCACUGCAGCAUCCUCAGGCCCUAACAGAGGGACUUGCAGGCCUGGCUCGGCCCCCUCACCACAGCUCAGAAGAGGAGCUGCCGCCUCCCCCAGAAGAGCCCGUCAGUGUCAUGGAGAGAGAGGUGACCACAGAUGUCUGUGCCUUCUGUCACAAGACUGUGUCCCCCCGGGAGCUGGCCGUGGAGGCCAUGAAGAAGCAGUACCACGCCCAGUGCUUCACCUGCCGCACCUGCCGCCGCCAGCUGGCCGGGCAGCGCUUCUACUCAAAGGAGGGGCGGCCCCUCUGUGAGCCGUGCUACCAGGAUACCCUGGAGAAGUGUGGCAAGUGCGGCAAGGUGGUCCUGGACCACAUCACCAGGGCUCUGGGCCAGGCCUUCCACCCGGACUGCUUCACGUGCGUGACCUGUGCCCGGUGCAUCGGCGCCGAGAGCUUCGCCUUGGACAGCCAGGACCAGGUGUACUGUCUGGACGACUUCUACAGAAAAUUCGCCCCCGUGUGCAGCAUCUGCGGGAAUCCCAUCAUCCCCCAGGACGGGAAGGAUGCCUUCAAAAUCGAGUGCAUGGGGAGAAACUUCCACGAGAACUGCUACAGAUGCGAGGACUGCAGUGUCCUGCUGUCUGUGGAGCCCACUGACCAGGGCUGCUACCCGCUGAACGACCGCCUCUUCUGCAAGCCGUGCCACGUGAAGCGCAGCGCUGCAGGCUGCUGCUGAGACCCCGCCAGCCCAGCGGGCCUCCUGCCUUGUUCCCUCCCGGACCUGCUCUCCCACACUUUCCUUCCGCUCCUCUCCAGGGUGCUGGGGCCCGGCCUCCUCCCAGGCAGAGGCAGUGCAGGGUCCCAGGGACCCCAACUUUUGGUUCCCUCCCAUGUGGACACCAGAAGGCUGCCAGCUGUCAACAUCACACCCGUCCCCCAGAUCUCUGGACCAACCUGUGCUGGGCCACGGGUCUCCCGGUGGCACCUGUGUCGCACGGGUGCUGGGCCAGCUGUGCAUGCAGAGCAGAACUAUUGGAGGGAAAACUGCAAGGUCACUACAAAGUGCUUUUGGUAGCCAGGCAAGGUGACACACACUAAUAGUCCCAGGGCUAGGAGGCUGAGGCAGGAGGAUGGCAAGUUCAAGCCCAGCCUGGGCAACUUAGCAAGUUAGUGAGACCCUGUCUCAAAAUCAAAAAUAGGGCUAGGCAUGGUGACACAAUCCCACACUUGGGAGGCUGAGGCAGGAGCAGCGCAGUGAAUUCAAGGCCAGCCUGGGCUACAUAGCAAGACCUAUCUCAAAAACUCUAAAUAAAUAAAUAUUUUUAAAAAUGGUAGAGGACAUAGCUCAGUGCAGAGGCCAGAGCUCAACUGCCAGUAUCAAAAGAAAACUGGUUUUCGAAAACGUUGAGGUUUGCACGCUGGGAAACAGCCACCUUGGAUUUGGGUGAGUUUUUCUCCUUAUGUCCUCCUGAGGCCUCUUGAGAGAGACCUCACCCCCGGCCCCCCACACGUCCAAGAAUGCGGCCUCCUGGUAUGUGGAGUGGGCCUGGGCCUGCACGGGCCAGGGGUCCACGGGCCAGGGGGGGCUCCAGCCCUUGGCAGACACCAGCACCAGGCCAGGGUGUCCCGCUGCCCCCAGUGGGCGCUGUCGCCCUGCCAGCACCCAGCUGUCCCUUCCCUGCUGCCAAGGCCACACCUGGAGGUUCGCCCCUGCUCCCCUUUGAUUAUUUUUGGAGCACCAGGAAUCUAACUCGGGGCUGCAUCCCAUCCCUUCUUUAAAAGUUUUAAAUUUUGAAACGGUCUCGCUGACUUGCCCGGGCUGACGGUGACCCUCCUGCCUCGGCCUGUCUCAGUGCUGGGAGCACAGGUGUGUGCCACCAGCCCAGCUUCCCUUUAUGGUGUCCUUGCUUAUGCAGCUUCAUACCUUCUGUGACUCCAUACAGAACACGUCAAACAACAGUGCUCCUGACCCAGGGGACACCCUGGUGGACAGCCUAGCACUCCCGGUGAGGCCUGGGUCUGCUACCCUGGGGACACUUCCCAGAGCCCUCGGUGCCCCAGCCGGAGCAUAGCCACUGCUGAGCAGGGAGUGGCCACCCUGGCUGCAGUGCCCGCCCCACCUCCCCUCUUCAAGGGCUGACCGCUGCCGCCUCUGUGUUGCUCUCUCCUCCUGGCGUCCCCUUGCCCGCCCUGAGCCUUAGACCUGCAAGGCCACCUUCUUAUACAGAGAAUAAACACGUGCUGAUGAGAA